AUGGGUGCAGCAGCUGAGAGAUCCAGCGACCUCUGGCAGAAGCUGGCAGAAAAUGACAUUAUAAUCCUUAGAAAGAUAGAAUAUCCAAACUUUGAAGAAGAUAAGAAUGAGACACAGAAUGAGGGAGAAAAGAACUCAGUUUCUAUACAGCAAUCAAAUGCUGGUGAGCAUCGGCAGAAGAGAGUAUCCUCAAUAUCCAGGAACAACAUUAAGGAAAGAAAUGAUAAAAAACCACACCAAAGACCUUCUGGAUCCAAGUCUCAACAAAGUCCUUUAAACAAGAAGUCUUUAACUAAGAAGAAGAAGUGCAGUGAUCAUCCUAAGGCCCAAGCAGAGAAGAAGCGAAGCCAAUCCAAAGAGAACCAGCGUCAAUCAAAAGUACCUCAAGGCCAAUUGGAAGAAAAUCGACACUAUUCAGAGAGAUCUAGAGGCCGUUUAGAGAAAUCUCGCCGUCAACGAAAGAAACCUCGAGGUCAAUCAGAGGGAUCUCGUAGCUCCCCAAAAAGAUCUCAUGGCCAUCCAGAGAGAUGUCGUGGCCACUCUAAGAGAUCCCGUGGCCGCUCUGAGAGAUCCCGUGGCCACUCUGAGAGAUCCCGUGGCCACUCUGAGAGAUCUCAUGGCCACUCUGAGAGAUCCCGUGGCACUCUGAGAGAUCUCAUGGCCACUCAGAGAGAUCUCGUGCCCAAUCAGGGAGAUCUCGUGACCAACCAAGGAGAUCUCCUGAGCAGUCAGGGAGAUCUCCUGACCAAUCAGGGAGAUACCGAAGAUACUUACCAGAAGGAAGAUUUAAAACUUCACCCAAAAUUGAGUAUGAAUUUGACAGGUAAAAACAUAAUGACUUCUUAA